AGGAGGCUGCGGUGGACGCUGAUGGCUGCGGAGCCCUGGGUCGCUGGGUCGCUGGCCCUGGGCCCUGGAGAAGCACCGCCUUCGGACGAACUGGGACCCGGGCCGCCGCCCUAUGGAGACCCCUCGUGGUCACCCGCCAGGAGACCCGAGGCCUCGGCGGAGCAGGAGCCCCAGCGGGCACAGCAGCUGAUGGAAGCCCCAGCCUCCGCGUCUUCCCGGGAGCCACUGGCAGCCGAGCUCGGGCCGGCCCAGGCUCGCCUCCCACUGGACUCCAUGUUCAGCCCCAUCACUGACCAGCUCCGGUACCUGCUCAGGAAGGCGGAUGACUUUCAAAGCUACUUGCUCUACAGCAGGGACCGAGUACAGAAAGAACAGCUAGCCAAGGCCAUGCCCACCUUCCUAACAAUGUGUGAGCCUUACUUCCUGUACCUUGAGGCUGCUGCAAGGAGCGUCCCUCCGAUCUACGGAGCCCUGCAGGAGCUGGUCCGGAAGGGGGUGUGUACCGGAGCUGUCUUACCAGGCCUCUUUCUCCUCUGGACUCUGCCUAGGGGGAGGAGGGUUGCUUCUGGCCGACCAUCUGAGGUCAUGAAGUCCCACCUUCCACAGCUGUUGGAGAUCUCUCAGCAGCUAACCCUGCGCUUGGAGCAGUUAGUUCUCAUGUAUGCCUCCUUCGGGUUCGUGGACCUGGAGGAAACCAACCCUUUGAGCAUCUCCUGCUUCUUCUGCGGGAGGUUCUCCAUUAGCCCUUCCCACGAUGUGUCCAUCUUCCGAUACUGCACCCCAGCUGCGUACACUGCCAGUCACUUCCCGAGAUACCUCUACAAGAAGAUGCGCUGGAACCUAGAGACCACCACAGAGGCCAGCAGCCAGGGACAAGACUCCCACGUGGAUUACUACUUCUUAUGUUAUCGCGAUACAUGGGAGGAUGCAGGCCAGGGUCCAGCCAAUUCGUGCCCCCAAAUCCAGAAACUCUGGUCCAUCGGCCGGUGGAUACCCCUAGGACCAGCAGAGGAUGACCUUGAUUCAUGGAUUUUGUGCCCGCAGCCACCCGGGGACUACCAGCAGCUACUAACCAUCGGCUUCGAGGAGCCGUCGCAUGUGCUGGCCACCGACCUGCUGGUACAGAUCCUCAUGGGCCAGGUCGGCCCCGCCCGGCCCCCCAGCGCUGCCGGGCCCUCGGCUUGGGCUGCCCCGGCAUCCUGAGCCCCAGGAGAAGACGCCAGCCCCGGCUUGAUAACCCCAAACUCCAGGCAGGAACAGGGGCGGGCUGCACUGAGGACGCCGCGGCACGGGCCACCGAACACCAAGUGCACACACACUUUUCUGUUAAUAAAAGAGCGAGGUCAGA